GACCACUAUCCGUUUCCUAAUCCAAAUCUGGCUUUGACGUCUGGACUCAAACAUGCCCCCUUUCGUCUCUUUAAUGGGUCAAAAAGGAGGAUGUGAAAGGGUUAAACGUCUACCAUAAUUAGAGUCGCACUUAUCGUCGACGUCCUCCAAUACAGAGCAGCGCGGAGCAACGUCCACCCCCUCCAUCUAGCUUUCUCUCCCUCCUUUUCUCUCUCAGUGUCAUACGCACCGUCUCUCUCCCUCUCACUCUCUUCUCUCUCUGUCUUCUCUUUCUCUCUCUCUUUCUCUCUCUCUCCACACACACACACAUAUGAACACACACACGCCUGGAGACCCGCACACACGCGCGCGCCUUACCACCAGCUCCCCCGAGUGUCUAAUACACUGGAAAAUCAAAGCGCAAGCCUCCCCCCGUUCACACACCAGUGCUGCGCGUGGUGCACAGCACAGAGAGAGCCACCGUCUUUCUCCUUUCGCUUGCUGUUCUUUCAUCUGCAGUUUCCCCACAAAGUUUUAUACACUGAUAGAUGUUAGAAACUUUUCAUCUUGCGACAUACAUAUGUAUUUUUUGUAUCUGGACAAACUCUUUUAGGUUUAUCUAAUUUGAUUUUAAACUUCGCAGCUUUAAUGGUGACAGGCUUUAAGAGGUAAAGCAUGUCUGGAUAAGCUCAUCUUUACGCACGCCGCGGACAUGGAGCGUACACUCUGCAGAGGCUGCUGGGUUCCGGUGACUGGUCUGGUCAUAUGUCUGCUGCUGUGUGCGUGUGUGGUGGACCUGGUACUUGCACAGAUUCGGUACUCCAUCCCCGAGGAGCUGGAUCACGGGGCAUUUGUGGGCAACAUCGCAGAAGACCUGGGUCUGGAUGUGGCCAGGCUCUCAGCGCGAAGGUUUCGCAUCGUCUCCGGCGCCAAGAAACAGUAUUUAGAAGUGAACUUGGAGAAUGGAAUCCUCUUUGUUAACGAAAAGAUAGACAGAGAGGAGCUGUGUGAAAGAAGCCCAAGCUGUUUUCUACACCUACAAGUUGUCAUUGAAAACCCGUUAGAACUGUACAGAGUGGAAGUGGAGAUUUUAGAUGUCAACGACAACUCCCCCAGCUUCCCGUGGACUGAGUUCAAUCUCGACAUCACAGAGUCUGCUGCGCCCGGCUCACGCUUCCCUUUAGAGAGCGCACAGGACCAGGACGUGGGCACCAACUCUCUGCGCUCCUACCAGCUGAGCGCAAACCAGCACUUUGUGCUCAACAUCCAGACGCGCAAUGACGGCAGCAAGUUUGCCGAGCUGGUGCUGGAUACGCCGCUUGACAGGGAGCAGCAAAAAAGGCACGAAAUGGUUCUUACUGCUUUUGAUGGAGGUUCACCUGAACGCUCUGGGACAGCGCUAAUAACGAUCACUGUGUUAGAUGCCAACGAUAACGUGCCUGUCUUUGACCGCUCGGUUUAUAGGGCGAGCUUGGUGGAAAACGCACCCAGGGGAACGCUGGUGCUGAAGUUAAACGCCACAGACUUGGACGAAGGCUCGAAUGGGGAAGUCACAUACGCGUUUAGCGGGCACGCACCUCUUAAGGUGCGUGAAUUGUUCAGCGUGGACCCCUAUAUGGGGGAGAUACGUGUGAAGGGCGUUGUGGACUACGAGAAAGCCAGUGUGUAUGAACUGUACGUUCAAGCAAAAGACAGAGGACCGUCGGCUGUGGCAGUACACAGUAAGGUACUGGUGGACAUCCUGGAUGUGAAUGACAACGCCCCCGAAGUUAUCCUCACAUCAGUGUCCACACCUGUCCAGGAGGACGCGUCGCCUGGCACAGUAAUAGCUGUGAUCAGCGUCAUGGACCGAGAUUCGGGAGAGAACGGGAACGUGGACUGUCAGAUUCCGAAUAAUGUCCCCUUUCAGCUCCACUCAUCUUUUAAAAACUAUUACACGCUGGUGACAAGCGAGCCGCUGGACAGAGAGACUGUGUCUGAGUUCAACAUCACACUUACAGCCAGAGACUUGGGCUCCCCUUCACUCUCUACCAGGAGAACAAUUCUAGUUCAAGUGUCUGACAUAAACGACAACCCCCCGCGGUUCUCUCAACCUUCAUACACAGUUUAUGUGACCGAGAAUAACGCCCCCGGCGCUUCCAUUUGCUCUGUCUCUGCAUUCGACCCAGAUUCUAACCAGAACGCAUAUCUGUCUUAUUCCAUUCUGGAGGGUCAAAUUCAGGGCAUGCCCGUGUCCACUUAUGUCUCCAUCAACUCCGACAACGGCAACAUAUACGCACUGCGCUCUUUCGAUUAUGAGCAACUUCGAAACUUUCAGAUUCUGGUACAGGCGCAGGACGCUGGCUUCCCCCCUCUCGCCAGCAAUGUCACGGUCAACGUGUUUGUUCUGGACCAGAAUGACAACGCGCCUGUCAUUGUGUCCCCGCUGCCCAAGAACGGCUCUGUUGCCACGGAGGUGGUUCCGCGCUCUGUGGACGCGGGGUAUUUGGUUACCAAAAUCACAGCGUUAGACGCAGACGCAGGGCAAAACUCCCGGCUGUCUUACCAGGUUAUUCAGGCGACUGAUCCGGGCUUAUUCAGCGUGGCUCUAUAUACGGGCGAAAUCAGGACCAUUCGCCGAUUAGUGGAGGAAGACGCAACAAGACAAAGAUUAGUAAUAUUGAUCAAGGACAACGGACAGCCGCCGCUCUCUGCCACAGCCUCUAUUGUCCUCACAGUUGUAGACAGCGUGCCUGAGUCGCUGUCAGAUUUCGGAGAUCUAACACUCAGCCCGAAACCCCCCUCAAACCUUGCCUUGUAUCUCAUCGUGUCACUCAGCACAAUAUCUUUAAUAUUCCUGGUGGCCAUCAUCGUGCUGGCUGCUGUUAAGUGCUACAAGGACCGGGAGACCCACAGCGGUUACAACCUGCCCCCCUUAGCCUGCUGCUGCUGCGGGGGGUUUCAGCCAGAGCCGCCCCCGGAGGUGUUCAAAAAAUCAAACCUCAACUUGCAGAUUUCAUCCUCGUCCAAAGUACCCACGAACUGCAUGGAGGUGAAUGGAAAUAGCAGUUUUUCUCAGUCAUAUUGUUAUAAAGCCUGUCUGACCCCCGAAUCAGCCAAAAGUGACUUUAUGUUUCUGAAGCCGUGCAGCCCGAGCAGCACGCCGAGGAACAACGAGGCGAAGAACGCGGACAACUCGUGGAACGCGCACAGCCGGAGCGCAUCUGUGAACAACGGAGCUACAACUCCGAACGAGCUGAAGCAGCCAAACACAGACUGGACUCUCACGAAGACCCAGAACUCUUCCAUCAAAAGUUACAACUCUAUCAAUAUGGAUGGCACACUUAUGCGUAAGGCAAUGCAUGCAGACCCAGAGAACUAUGUCACUUCAAUGGCACCUGGACAAUACUGGACUUGGGGAACUCAAAUGAAGGGCAUGAAAGACUACAAAAUGUCUCCAUCAGCUAGUGGGAUUCCUUCUCGGCCCUGGACUCCUCGAUGCACGCCUCCUCCACAACAGCAGCAGCAGCAGCAGCAGCCAUCGAUUCCCUCACAUCCGCACCCACAUCCACAUCCACAUCCACAUCCACAUCCACACCCACACCCACCACCUGACUAUCACCACAAUGUGUACAUUCCCGGAACUCCGUCAGGCUUCUGCACCCUGCGGCCAACAGCGCAGCGAAGUGAACUGGACGUCCACAAUUCUUUCUCCACGUUUGGCAAGAAACGGCGUCUUCAGAUGUCUCCGCAAGGGGAAGCCGCGGUGAUAAAUAAUGAUCUGUACAAUGACUGACACUCCAACUGUUGACCUAAUUGGCGAAGAAACUGAGAAAAAUAAGUGCAACAAUAUUUUGCCGUUUUUAAAUGGUAUGAAAGCUAAGAUGACGAGAAAACCACAGGUGAAUAUUAAUAUUUAAUGGACAUUCUCUUUUGGAGAAAUCUCAUGGCUCUUAAUCUAACUUACCACUGCAACACUGUCAAUGUGUCUACCUGUUAUUAUAUUAUCUUUACUACAGUUAUUUUGAUCGUAAUUAUUAUUUAGACAAUCAAAGUGCAGCUCAAUUCCAUUCAAAAAGCAAACGUAGAUCACUAUUUUGCACAUCUAUUUUUUUUCUUUUUUGUAUCUUUAUUUGCUAGCAAAGCUUGUGUAAAUAUGACAAAUAUUAUGUAAAUGUAUAUGCAAGCUGCACUAAGAUGCAAGCUACUCUAACAAGGGGCUAUUUCCCCCCACCCCACACAUGUACUGUACACAUUUAUGAAAUUAAAGUAUUUUUUUCA